AUGGAUGAUGAUGAAUAUGCCAAGCUCAUCAGGAGAAUGAAUCCGCCCAGAGUUGUAAUCGACAACAACGCUAGCCAGGAUGCCACUGUUAUCCAGGUUGAUAGCGUGAACAAACAUGGGACUCUGUUGGAAGUAGUGCAAGUGCUCACUGAUAUGAACCUUGUGAUCAAGAAAGCUUACAUCUCCUCUGAUGGAGGCUGGUUCAUGGACGUCUUCAAGGUCAUCGACCAAGAUGGGAACAAGAUCACUGACACACAAGUCCUUGACUACAUCCAAAGGAGGAUAGAGAGCAACGCUGGGUGGUUCAUUCCACCUCUAAGCAGCUCGGUUGGUGUAAUGCUCUCUGAGGAAUACACAACCAUCGAGCUCGCUGGAACGGACAGACCCGGUCUCUUGUCUGAAGUAUCUGCUGUUCUCACAGGUCUUCACUGCAACGUUGUCAGCGCUGAGAUAUGGACUCACAACACCAGAGCUGCAGCGGUUAUUCAUGUCACCGACAAUUCAACCAAUUCCGCCAUCACAGAUCCGAUUCGGCUUUCCACCAUCAAAGAGCUGCUGUGCAAUGUCGUUAGGACAAACGGCGGUUCAAGAGCUGCCAAAACGGUCUUCUCUUGCUCCGACACACACAGGGAGAGACGGUUGCAUCAGAUCAUGUUCGAUGAUAGGGACUACGACUACGAGGGAGUCAAAAGAGCAAGGACAUCGGCGUCGAGGCCCACUGUCACGCUAACAAACAUUGAGAAGGAUUACACUGUUGUGACCAUGAGGUCCAAAGACAGGCCAAAGCUUGUGUUUGACGUUGUCUGUACUCUAACUGAUAUGCAGUAUGUGGUAUUCCAUGGCAUGGUCAGCACAGAACCUCCGGAGGCUUAUCAGGAGUUUUACAUACGUCAUGUGGAUGGACUUCCCAUCAAUUCAGAAGCGGAGCAGGAACGUGUCAUACAAUGUCUUGAAGCAGCCAUUGAGAGAAGAGCCUCCGAGGGAUUAGAGCUGGAACUUUCAGCAGAAGACCGAGUUGGUCUCCUCUCUGACAUAACAAGAACAUUCCGAGAGAACAGCUUAACAAUUGUGAGAGCAGAGAUUUCAACGCGGGAUGGUAAGGCUAGAGACACGUUCUACGUUACGGACGUGACAGGAAACGCUGUUGAAUCGAAAAUUGUCGAGUCAAUCAGACAACAGAUAGGAGUAAGCAAGUUGAAGGUGAAGAACAGUGAGGAAUGCUCUGUUCUCGGUACAAGCAGAAGAAGCAGCAGGGCUUCCCAAGAAACAACAGUGGGGUAUUUGCUCAACAACUUCUUCAAAGCCAAUUAA